AUGCUGAAAUUAAUGAGAUUUAUUAGUACUGAGAAUAACUAUACAACUGAACUACUAGCUGCAAAAAGAUGGCUACAGUCGUUGAAGCCAUCUACCUUUCCCCAAAAACUGUUUAAAAUCCGCUACGAUAGGUCAAGUGGCCCUGGUGGACAAAAUGUGAACAAGGUUAAUACCAAAUGCACAAUGACUUUAUCAAACUUCUCAAAGUGCACAUUCUUUCCUGAGUCGAUUCGAUCUCAAUUACUCUCGAGAACGUUUAGGUAUUAUGUGAAAAAGAGUGAUCUAAUUGUAGUAAGCUCAGAUGAAGCAAGAUCGAGGGAAAUAAAUCGUCAAAUAUGUAUUAACAAACUCAUAUCAGAAAUAAAUGAAAAUGUGUAUUUUCCGAAAGAACGUACUUUAGAGGAGAAGAAGAGUAUUAAGGAAAAAUCGAGUAACGUUCUAAAGACCAGAAAUGAGCGUAGACUGCUGGAGAAGAAACAGAACGCAUCGAAAAAGAAACUCCGACAUAAAUAUAAUGUUAUUUUUUAG